AUGACUUGCAGGAAAUAUAAGUUUCAUUUCUUAAUAUUAAGCUAUUUCUUCUUAAUUGUUGAAUCGUUUACUCCUUUCGGGCGUCUUGCUCAUUCCUCUGUCCUUGUUGAAAAUAAACUUUAUAUUUUUGGCGGGGUUACUGACGAUUAUUCAAAUGAAGUUUUUUAUCUUGAUUUAUCUCAACAAUUUAAUGCAGAGUACCCGCCAUGGACUGACCUUACAUUAAAUUCAAGAAUAGUAUAUGAAUUUAAUCUAAAAUCGGGACAGUGGAUCAUGCCUGUAAUGAAAGGAAUUGUGCCAGAACGACGUAGAGAAUUUCAAGCUGUUGCUGAUGAUUUUGGAAAUAUUUAUGUUUUUGGCGGAAUUGCAAUAGGAUCAAAUAAUUUUCAAAUAUUUAAUGAUAUGGCAAUAUUAUAUACUGUUGAUUUAACAUGGUCAUAUGGUCCUAUUGUCAAUGCUCCAACACCACGUGCUGAUUAUACUGCAACAUUAUUAUCAGAUGGUGUUAUUGUGUAUAUUGGAGGCCGUGAGAGUAUCAAUGCAAGUCUG